CAAAACCACUUGAAAGACAGAAUGAUUACGUACAUUGUUAAAAAAUGGAUUGUUUGUAAUGGAAAUGCUUUCAUUCUUAGGUCACAUUCUAAACAAGUACAUAAGCUGGACAAGCUUUUCCCGACGUUUUAAAUUACAACUUAAAAGCGCCAUCAUUUGGAGGUCUCCCGUAACGAAACACAAACAAACCCUAUAUUUGUCAUGCGGUGUGUGAACUGGGUUCGAGGUAUAGAAGGUCUUUCAGAUUCCAAAGAAUCUGCAAACGAACCCGCUUUUCCACCGCUGCAUGGCUUGAGUGCCAUUGGAUGCCUUUAUCCGUAGUUAGCUGAGCGCGAAACUGAAGCGUUUGUUUAUAGUUGAAGACCUUGCCGAGCUGAAGGCAAAGUCACGGUCGGUAAAGGUUGCUGGGCGGUUUUGACCCACCAAAUGAAAAUGUAUAUAACCGUGCGCCAGUACUGGAGCAUGGCUUAAUUAGCGACCGAUCGAGCGUCAGCUUGAUCUAGCAUUGGGAAGAAGCCAUCGUUUGGAAGCAGCUGAUGAGUAUAAUGUGCACGAUAGUGACAGUUGUUUUGGCCAGCUCGCUUCUACUAGUAUCGAUUGCAUUGAUCGGUGCAAGCAAGCGUGUAGAUGAUGGACAGUUUGUGGAGCAGCUACAGAAGCGAGAAACGAACGAUCGUGGUGGCAUGUGGGAACUCGUUUCAGCUGCGACCGUUGCACCAAAGGCACCUGUGGACAUGAUGAUGCGUUUCGGGGAAUUCCAAAUGGACGCUCAACCAACGGAUGAAGAAGAUCCACUAAAAGCCGAAAACAGCCACGUGGUGGUGCAGGUAUACUCGGUAGAUUCAGAUCAAGAAGUCGCCAACGAAUCAUCCGGUACAGCGAUCCGUACAUUGAAGGUGGAAAACUUCGUCACUCCGAAGGAACACAUGGACGGUAAAUCGACGGAUCGCGUGGAGCGAAAGGUGCUCGCACCGGCAAAAAACGUUAAGGUGGAGUCGAACGAAAAGGAGGAUGUACUGGAGGAACAAUUCUUCGUUGACGAAGCGGCUACGAACCAAGAACCAAAUGUCCCCACCGGAAGGCGAGGAUAUAGCCAGGCUUUUGGAAGUAACAGACCAGCCGUCGAAAUCUUCGAUCAGGAGCAGGAACAUCUUCCACCGAAGAUAACGCAAUCAUCGUACGCAAAUUCGCCACCAUUCUUUGACUACGGCGAGCAGACCAGCCAGCGUAUGUUGGAUGAGUUCUUUGCGCUGCGCAACCAGGACACGUUGGCUGCUCGUCGCUCAAACUACGAUUGGGGCGAGGGACACCUGCGAUCGAGAACGUUGGAUGAUAUUAAGAAUCAAAAUCGUCCAUCGACGGUUUCAAGAAAGAGGACCCCAACUGACAGCGCCAAAGACGAUGAUAUGAGUUAUGACCAAUAUGCGGACUAUGACGAAGCAGAACAGCGGGCGUUAGGUUUCGCAACACAGAAGCUUGGCCGGAAGCAACGUGCAACACCUUCCACAGGCGGACAGACGCACGUGCUGAAUACGGUACCGAUCGUGGCGUACGAUGUUAAUGCUUCGAUGCCACCGAUGUACAAAGCCGACAACGCCCAAAGGUCACAGUUUCAGCGAUCCCAGUUUCACUACUCGCUUCCAUCGAUGGUGUACAACCCGUACGCCUGGGACCCGUACCAUAUGAACAUGCUGCGAUUUCCACAGUGCAAUGCCUGUCAGCAGAAUGCACGGGCCCUCUGCACCAAGUGUGGACUGUGUGCGGACUGCUGUGCCCACAGCAAAUGUAGCUGCGGUUGUCUAAAUGGUUAAACGGAACGUAACCGUUCAGACUAGCCAAUUAGAUACAACAACAAAAAAUCACAAAUCACUACCGUUUAGACAAAACGGUAAGGCAAAUAAAAACGUGCCACACACACGGGGAAAA